AUCUAUGACUGUCUUGUUUACGGUCCUCUAUCAUGAACAGCAAGCAAGCGCUACUUUUAGUUAAGAAAAAACUUCUCCAUUUGACAAUUUCCUUUGCCUAUAUUCAUUCACUUCCAUCUGUAACCAUGCCUCCUCCUCACCGCCACCAUGAUCACCACCGUACACACGGUGGUGCGACACCACCGAAACCAAACCAAAAGCUUCUUUCCUUAAUCCUCAAAACCAUAAUAAUGACUGCAAUAACCACCCUUUUUUUCCUAUUCCUUGGUAUUGCCGCCAUCCUCCUCCUCAUUGCCACCGCCGCACUCCACCGCCACUCGACUCCAUCCUCCAAUUCCUCAAAUGGGUUGUCUCUCAAAGAUUUAAAGAAGCUCCCAAUAUUCAGAUUUUCGACUCAGACAAGACCUGAAACGGGUGCUAAUCAAACUUCAUGUGUGGUUUGUCUUGAAGAGAUAAAGCAGGGACAGUGGUGUAGAAACCUUGUUGGGUGUGGUCAUGUGUUUCACAGGAAAUGUGUGGAUGCUUGGCUUGUCAAGGUUUCUGCGUGCCCUAUUUGCAGGACACAGGUUGAAUUGGUUCAUGGAGUAAAAGAUAGUCCAUUAUGGGACUUUGAUUGGACAAAUGAAUUGAGGGUUUGGUAGAUUUUUCCUUAUCCUUUUCUAAUUUUGCUCCUGGCGAUUUCUCAAAAUAUUUCAUCUCAAUUUGUGCUCUCUCCUAAGGUGCAUAUAAUUGUCAGAUACUACAUGAAGGGUCAGACAGCAUGUGGUGUUCUGGUUGUAGGUUAUCCAUUGACUGAUAGUUUCAUUUGCUCUCCUCCCGUUAUUGACAGGCAAUGUGGUGUUCUAGUUCUUAAAUUUUUACUCGGAUAUUAUGUUGAGUUGUUUUGGACCCUUUUGGAUCGUACAAGAAUGUUUCUUGGUUACUUGAACCUCUAUAAUCUGAUUGCAUAUCGAGGAUUUUUCAGAAUA